CUUUUUUAACAACCGCGAUAUAAGAAAAUAUAUCGAUUGGUAAGUUCGAUCAUGUUUUUUUGUCACUUUUGAAUGCUACAAAUUCAUUGAAAUGAAAAAUUUAACCGAUUCAACGAUUUUUAAGAUAAGUAGAAUCUCUCGAAACCCUCAAAUUGGGAGUUUUUGUCCAUGGACGCCCGGCAUUUUCAUGAUGUUAAUGCGAUUUCAAAGAUUAAGAGGACGAUAUUUUUUUUAAAAUACUUAAAUAAUUUGAAAUAAGUCACUCCCAGCUUGCUUUAACAUUUCGCAAAGGCAGUCAAAGCGGCAUUUUGAACGUCAUUUGAACGUAUUAUAAUCAAAAUGAACGAUGUCCAUUCCGACAUGAGUCCUGAGAUCCCCAGGAAUGCAUGCAUGACAGGGGUCAUGUUAGAAUGGACAUGGUUCCUUUUUAUUUAAAUGCGUCUAUUUCAUUCACAGCAAUACCAAUGAAUGACGCAGAGGCAACUCCACAGCGACUGAAGGAGGGUGUCCAACACCUCAAAGAAUGGCUGGCCAAACAACCGCACCUUCCAAACGUGGAUGACGAGGAAUGGCUCGCUACCUUUUUGUGUCAAUGUAAGCUUAGCCUGGAGAAAGCGAAGUCUAAACUAGAUGGCUAUUUCAGUUACAGAAACAAAUAUCCUCAGCUUCUCAAAAAUCGGAACCCUUUUGCUCCAGAGAUCGCCCAGGCGAGGAAGGCCUACACGAUGGCCGCUUCGACGCGGCUCACAAAAUCCAGCUCCCGGAUCCUCCACUUCCGUCCGAACGGGGACACGUCCAUCUACGACGUCGACGCCGUCAUCAAGCGGAUGUUCAUGAUCAUCGACGCCGCGUACCUGGAGCACGACCGUCACUUCAACUACGUCAUCGUCUUCGACCUGCGCACCACCAACUACACGUACUUCCUCAAGUCGCUCCACCGUAUCCCGCACAUGGUCGACAUCUUCCUCAACGCGUACACGGAGCGCGUCGUCGCCUUCAACGUCAUUAACGGGCCCCCGGUCGUGAACCUGAUCGUCAAGACGUUCAAGCAGUACCUCCCGGAGAAAUUGGCCGAGCGGGUCUACGUCCAUGAGCACGUCUCGGAUCUGCUCGAGUGUAAGUGGGUGGACCCGGACGUUCUUAGCGAGGAUUUCGGCGGGAAUGGGCCCAGUCUCAAAGAAUAUGAUGAGUUCACCGCAUCGAGUUUGGAGAAACACGCUGCGUGGUUCGCCGAGCAGGACUUCAUUUGCUCGAACGAGGAACUCCGGAGGAAGGAAGACAACGAUCCAGAACAGCUCCAGGGCUCUUUCAGGAAAUUGGAGGUCGACUGAUUCCCUUUUACAUUGCAAACAUUAGGUUCCUAAAAAUUGAGUAUGUUUCCCGCGAAAGAUUGCGUUUGUCAUCUACUUUUUUUGUUUUCGCCCGAAGAUCGAUUUACGAUUGAUGUGAUGUAUAAUUUUUGUAUAUGCAUUAAUAAUUUUAUGAAUAAAUUUCAUUUACUUUGA